AUGGCGGCCGUCCAGCUGGCCGCGUGCCUGCUCGUCGUGUUGGGAGUGCGGCCCGUCCUCACAAAAUACUCCAGCCGCCUUUUGACUGCCGAGGAGAACCUGAACGCCAGCGCGUGCGUCGUCCAGCCGCAGUACCGGGUCAUCCCGUCCGACUACGAUGCCUCGAUGCCGCCGUUCCCGUGGCACCAGCCGCUCUCCGUCUACAUCAGCCUCUGGGUGGCCUCCAUCACGGACAUCAACGAGAUGGAACAGGAGUUCACGGUCGACAUCUACUUCCGCAUGUGGUGGUCCGACCACCGGAUCCGCUUCCCGGUCUGCGAGCGGCGCUCGUUCGUGCUGCUCGACCAGGCGCAGCUCGACCAGCUCUGGAUGCCCGACCUGUACUUCACCCUGGCGAAGACCUCGAGUCGACACUACGUACUGCUGCGUAAUGGUGGUCUACGCUUGUCCCGAGAGAACACCCAGGUCUUCUACAGCGAGAGACUCACCGUCACCAACUUCUGCGCGUUCGACUUUCGGUUCUUCCCGAUGGACCGACAGCGCUGCCCGAUGCCCAUCGAGCCCUACAUCUACCAUGGGGCCUUCGUCAACCUGACGUUCGGCGACCCGGGGAUCUACUUCAACAACUUCAAGUUCAAGAUCCCGCAGUACACGCUGAGCGGAGUCGAGCCAGAGUCUUGCAACUAUGAGUACCACUUCCAUGGUGAGCCGCUCAACCAGACCUGUGUCCAGGGCAUCUUCGUGCUGGACCGCCAGUUCAGCUACUACUUCGUGCAGAUGUACCUGCCGUCGAUCCUGAUCGUGCUCGUCUCCUUCCUUAGCUUCUGGAUCCCGGUGGAGAACGUGCCUGGUCGGGUGGCUCUCGGGGUGACUUCCCUGCUCACGCUGGCCACUCAGUUCACCACCAUGCAGCGCUCGCUGCCUCCCGUCUCCUACAUGAAAGCCAUGGAUGUCUGGAUGUUCCUCUGCAUCGUGGUCGUGUUCCUCGCCAUGGUGGAGUUCACGCUCGCCUACAACUUCCGCAUCCUGGUGCCGGAGGGUGUCGAGCCAGCCGAGAAGGACGGCGACGACCGUCGGGGGAGCUCGCCGCUCAGUCCCUUACCCCCGGUGGUGGAGCCGGGACUGGCGCCGGUCGCUGUUCUCGGUGUCGAACACAACCCCUACGGAAAACGACAGCCCAAGAUCAUCGUGGUACGGCCGACCAAUGGAAGGAUGGCUUGGCUCAGCAACGCCAUUGUACUGCUGGUUAAAAAGCUGAAGGAUAAGGAGGGUAGCCUGGUGGAUAACGUGUCUAAGAUACUAUUCCCAGUGGUAUUUGCCAUUUUUAAUGUCUUAUACUGGACCUACUACUUGAAUAGAAGGCAUUAAUGCAGCCAUUCUGGUUAUUCAUUUAUUUUUGAAGUUUAUGACAAAUGUUUGUAAGAGGGCAGUGAAGCUUU